CUCACUCACACACACGUAUCUCACCAUGUCAACGGCGUUCAGGUCCUGCUUUAUGCUCAUCGGCUUCAUUUUGGCGUACUUCACAUAUCUGUUAUUGGGAGCGCUUGUUUUCUCAGCCAUCGAGCGGCCCAUCGAGGAGUCUCUGAAAGCGGACCUGAGCUCUCUGAAAGCCGAGUUCCUCAACCUGAGCUGCGUUAACAGCACGGCUCUGGAAACCUUCUUAGAAAGAGUUUUAAAAGCUAAUAAAUAUGGCGUGUCGGUGCUUGAAAAUGCUUCUCUUCGUACAAACUGGGAUUUGGCGUCUUCUCUGUUCUUUGCCAACACGAUGGUGACGACAGUGGGAUAUGGCCACACGACGCCACUCUCAGACGCCGGUAAAGCCUUCUCCAUCGUGUACGCUCUGAUCGGCGUCCCGUUCACCAUGCUGGUGCUGACAGCGUGUGUGCAGCGCCUCAUGCACCCGCUGACCUACAGGCCGAUCUCCGCAUGCCAGCGGCGGGCCGGUCUGCAGCAACGGUCAGCCAGCGUGGUGCACUUCAUCGUCCUGCUGUUUCUGGUGGUGCUCUGCUUCUUCGUGGUGCCGUCGCUGGUGUUCAGCGCCAUUGAAGAGACCUGGUCUUUCCUGGAUGCCUUCUACUUCUGCUUCAUCUCUCUCUGCACUAUAGGACUCGGGGACUUUGUGCCUGCGGAAAAACCAGGACAGAGUCUCAGAGCUUUGUACAAGAUAUCAGUCAUGGUCUACCUGUUUGUGGGAUUGAUGGUGAUGUUCCUGGUCCUCCGCACAUUUCACAAGCUUGCUGAUGUUUACGGCUGGACGGCUUUCUUCCACCUGCCGAGCUGCGAGGAAGACGAGGAGGAUAAAGAGCCAAUAAUAGAAGCAGGGCCUGAAGACGAUUCGCCGGAGGCUGAGAAGGCCUCAAUUAAGCCUCUGGAUCCCAGCUCGCAAGUCUCCUACAACUCCAUAAAUAGAUAAAACACCACAUCCCUCCACAGUCACAUAAGGACAGUGAAUUGUAAUUUGUGUGGACAUGAAACAUCAACACAUUGCAGGUUAGCAGGGGCUUCAAUGUGCAAUAAGGCAAACCUUUACUUCACACACUCAGAAAGAAAGGUACAAGAUCUGUCACUGGGGUGGUACCUUCUUAAAGGGGCAUUUUUGUACCAUACAAGUGGACAUUAGUACCUUUAAGGUACACAUUUGUCCCUUAAGGGUUCACUUUUAUACCUCUAAGGUAGUCUUUCCCAACCCUGUUCCUGAAGGCACACAAACAGUACACAUUUUAACCUCUUCCUAUUUAAAAACACCUUAAUCAACUCCUCAGAACAUCAGAAGAGCCUUCAAACGGCUCAGAUAACACAUCCAAAACAUGUACUGUUGGUGUGCCUCCAGGAACAGGGUUGCUAUAAACCAGUGUUUCCCAACCCUGUUCCUGAUUCAGGUGUGUUUGAUUAGAGAGAGGUUGAAAAUGUGUACUGUUGGUGUGCCUCCAGAAACAAGGUUGGAAAACAUUGCUCUAAACCAGUGUUUCCCAACCAUGUUCCUAAAGACACACCGACAGUACACAUUUUUAACCUCUUCCUAUUCAAACACACCUGAAUCAACUCAUCCGAACAUUAAAAGAGACUCCCAAACCUGAAGUUAAUGGGUCAGAUAAGAAGACAUCCAAUUUCUGUAGUGUCGGUGUGCCUCCAGGAACAGGGUUGGGAAACACUGCUCUAGGGUACUUUGAGGUACUAGGGUUGUCACAAUACUGGGAUUCGGUGCCAAUCAAUACUGAUUUUUAAAAGCAUUAAUUUCCUGCUAACAUUUGAGCGCGUUCUUUAAUGGCGAUGAUUGGCCAUUGUGUUCACGUGCUCAACAGAAGUGACUCUGAUUGGACAAUGGAUCAUUUUAAAACCGCGAUUCAUCAGCGGACCGCUCGUAUGUCGGCUUAUAAACAAAGCAGCUGAUCGACGUGACUUUAAAACACUCCAGUGUUCCUGUGUCUGUGGCUACAGCUAUGAGUUCGGUGAACUGAUGACCUUCACAACCAAUCACAGUCAUUUCUGUUGAGCAUGUGAACACAAUGGCCAAUCAGCACUGUUUAAGAACGUGCUUAACAUCGCUCACAUUUUUGCGGCAAAUGAAUGGGCUUUUUUGAAUAUCGGUGCUGAUUGGUGUUAAAUUCCAGUACCGUGACAACCCUAUGUGGUACACGUUUGUACUUUUCAAGUAUUAAUGUGUAUCUUUUAAGGACCAGAAAUGUAGUCUUUGAAAAGGUACUGCUAGGGUUGUCACGAUACUGGAAUUUGGUACCAAUCGGUAAUGAAAUUUUAAAAACGUCAAUUUCCCGCCAACAUUUGAACGCUGUUAAGCACGUUCUUAAACAGCACUGAUUGGCUAUUGUGUUCACAUGCUCAACAGAAAUGACUGUGAUUGGCCGCGAAGGUCAUCAGUUCACCAGUUUGUCUAUAACCUGACAUAAGCUGACAUAUAAAACGCUCCAGUGUCCCCGUGUCUGUGGUUACACUCAGUAAACAGUGGUGAGUUCGGUGAACCGAUGACCUUCACAACCAAUCAGUCAUUUCAAGUUUAGUGUGAACACAAUGGCAAAUCAGCGCUGUUUAAGAACGUGCUCAACAGCGCUGAAAUCUUAGUGGGGAAUGGACAUGUUUAAAAUUUCAGCAUCGAUUAGUACUGAAUUCCAGUAUCGUGACAACCCUAUGAAGUACACGUUUCUACUGUUUAGGUGUUUAUGUAUCUUUAAAGACCAAAAAUGUCACUUUUGGGAAGGUACUGCUUGGGUUGUCACGAUACUGGAAUUGGAUACCAAUCGAUGCUGAAAUUUUAAAAACGUUUCCUGCUAACAUUUGAGCGCUGUUGAGGGCAUUUUUAAACAGUGCUGAUUGGCCGUUGUGUUCACAUGCUCAACAGAAAUGACAGUGAUUGGGCGUGAAGGUCAUCAAUUCACCGAACUCACCGCUGUUUACUGAUGAUAACCACAGACACAGGGACACUGAAGUGUUUCAAAGUCUCGUCCAUCAUCUGAUUUGUUUAUAAGCUGACAUAAGAGCGAUCCGCCAAUCAAUCGCAGCUUCAAAACACUCCAGUGUCCCCGUGUCUGUCGUUACAUUCAGUAAACAGCGGUGAGUUUGGUGAACUGAUGACCUUCACAGCCAUUCACAGUCCUUUCUGUUGAGCACCUGAACACAAUGUCAAAUCAGCGCUGUUUAAGAACACGAUCAUAUGUUAGUGGGAAAUGAACAUUAUUAAAAUGUCAGUAUCGAUCAGUACUGAAUUCCAGUAUCAGGACAACACUAUAUGGUACACGUUUGUACUUUUAAUGUGUUGAUAUGCAUCUUUAAGGUCUGAAAAUGUACUUAUUCAAAAGUUACUGCUAGGGAUGUCACGAUAUUGGAAUUUGGUUACCGAUAUUUUAAAAAUGUCCAUUUCCCGCUAACAUUUGAGCGCUGCUGAGCAAGUUCUUAAACAGCGCUGAUUUGACAUUGUUGUCAUGCUCAACAGAAAUGACUGUGAUUGGCUGUGAAGGUCAUCAGUUCACCGGUUUGUCUAUAAGCUGACAUACGAGCGAUCCACUGAUAAAUCACAGCUUUAAAACACUCCAGUGUCCCUCUAUCUGUGUUUACACUCAGUAAACAGCGGUGAGUUCGCUGAACUGAUGACCUUCACGGCAAAUCAGUCAUUUCUGUUGAGCACGUGAACACAAUAGCCAAUCAACCGUUCAAGAACACGCUCAAAUGUUAGCAGGAAAUGGAUGUUUUUUAAAUUUCAGUACUGAUCGGUAGCAAAUUCCAGUAUAUUUGUACCUUUAUUUCUGAGGGUGCAGAUGUAUUCUGUUUUUUAGAAAAUCCUCUUUGUGGAUGAAGUAGUUUCAUGAACCAAAUAUUGUUCAGUUUGAAGUGAGCAAUUGUGAACUUCAAGACUUGAAGGGAUGUUAUAUUAAAUGUUGUGCCUUUGCUUUAGGAAAUGUUGCUCGUUAAUUCUUAGCAUGACAAUUAUUUAGGGUAUGUAAUUUGUAGGUUAUUAAAUGCAUGGACCAACUGAUCAUUCUUGAUAAAUGUCUACAACUGUUAUUUGUCAGUAAGAUUGUCAUUAAAGGGAUAGUUCACCAAGAAAAAUGUAUUAUUUACUCAUCCUUCACUUGUUAUGAUCCAAGUUUUCUUAUUGUGUUGAACACUAAGGAAAAUAUACUGGACGAAAGCUGAUAAUGAAUUUCAUAGUGUUUUAUUGCUUUCCAACAUUCUUCGAAAUAUCUUGUUUUGUGUUCAACAGACUAAAGAAAUUCAGUUUACAACCACUUUAAUUUUUGGUUGCACUAUCCCUUUAAAUCAGUGUUUCUCAACCAUGUUCCUGGAGGACCACCGGCUCUGCUCAUUUUCCAUGUCUCCAUAACCAAACACACUGUAUUUAGAUUACAGCUCAUUAGCAGACACUGAAAGACCUGUAAUGGGUGUGACAAAGGAGGCAUCCGAAGCAUGCCGUGCUGGUGGUCCUCCAGGAAUGUGGUUGAGAGACACUGCUUUAAUCGACUAGUAGUUUUUCAUAGGUAGUGAAUGUUGUAUUUUGGUGUCCAGAUAUGUGGAGAGUGUAUCAUAUGCACUUUAUAAUCUGACCUUUUACCUUGUGGAGUCAGUCAUUGUGAUUUUGGACGGACACUUUUUGCUUUUGUCUUUUAUUGUAGUACUGUAUGUUUAUCAAAUAUAACUUUGUAUUAUUGCGACUGUAUAGGAAGUGUUGGACAGCAGGGAACAAAAUAAUUGUCUGAUAUUGACUGUCAGAAGAACAAACUGUUUUUAAAGAAAUGCAUGCACAGAAAAUCAAAUAAAGCUGUACUUUGUGGAUUGACAUUUGUUUGGUUAAAAACAAGUGAGUAUCUGUACUGUUUUCAUUUUCAUAAAAGAAUAAACAAGUCCCAUGUAGUA